CCCCUUCCUAUGUGUGUUGAGAUAGUCCUUGCCUGUUGGUGAGUGUACAAGCAGAGUCGGUCCAAGCCUUUCUAAGCUUUCAAGCUUGUCGAACCAAUUCCAAAGGCUUCUCGUCGCGUGCCCCCUUCGUCGCCGUCCAGUCUCCGUCUCCAUAACGCCGCGAAUUUCGGUGUUCAUUCCUUCCGCAAGCGUGUUACAUAGGAGAAGUUGCCAUCACCGGCUGUCGACGCAAUGUCUGCGGAGCCCGACGAGCAGGACGCCUUCUACAGGCUGGUCGCUCUUGAGGAACACCUCACUAGUGAACUUGAGAACCCAUGGGCGGACGCAGAGGCUACCAGGGUGAGCGAGGGAUUGAAAACGACGUAUACCAAAGAAGUUGAGGAGUGUUAUGCGUUCCUUAUUCGCAAGCUGGGGGAAUUCAAGACAACUAUGUAUGUUCGAAUGAACAUCCUGUUCCUUCUCGACAAGUUCUGCACUGGGAGGAAGGAGGACGAGCCGAACGCUUACGACGUGAUAUACGAGGAGAUGAACAAGAAAUUGGAGAGGAUCAUUGCGGGUGUUUUGGAGAUUGAUUACUCGGAACCCAUAAAUAAGCGGCCGAAUGGGAAUCUGGGCUGGACCCGAAAGAUCAUGGCUGGAUGGCGCAAACGGGGACUUUUCGAAACCGAGGUUCUUGAUGCCAUAGAUCAAAAGAUAGCGAUUGCGGAGACAGCGACUGAUCCACCUGUCGAGGAAGGGACAAAGCUUGAUGAAGAGAAAAUGGAUCGGCGCAUGGAUGCCGACAGAGAAAGAGCAAAGCGCGACAAGGAAGAACGCUUCCUACGCCAAGCCCUCGAUCCCCUCGAACCCGUCUCAGAAGCCUGGUUCAUCCACACCCCCGACUUAAUCCCACGCAUCGACGACUUCUACGCCAACGCGCCGUCCACCAUUUCCGAUGAAGCGUACGAGCUGCUGCAAACUGAAAACUUCAAGUACCGCGUCUCCGGCCGCAUGGAGAUAUACGAGCCGCCCAUGUCGUCGCGGCCACCCGCGCCGUCCCUCACCGCUACAUACCCUACGGCGCGGUCGGGUCAGUCGCCGUACUAUAUGGCCAGCGCUUACAAUGGCGCGUCGUCGUCGUCGGGCUAUCGAUCCGUGCCGUACUACUCGGGAUCGCAUUCUGGGAGUUACCCUUGAGCUUUCGGUGUC